GAGGCGCAGCUAACGCAACCGGCGUCAGCCUUCCAGCUCCAAGCUCAGCGCGGGUAAAGUUGAGCACAUGAAGAAUGCGCCUGGAAUCCGCCAACUGGAGUGAAUGCCUUUGCUCCAACGUCGCUUCGCCUCCGCUUUCUUCGUGGAAAGAAGAGGCUUGUGGGUAAAGGAGGCCGACUGCAUAUUGAUGUCACACGACACGGGUUGGAGGAGGCAGAGCAUACAGCGGCUGACAUCACGUAGAUACAAAUUGCACUGAAAAGUUGGGAGGAAAAAGGAGCGCAGGAGAGGUCGGGCUUUUUUGGUACAUAGGCGCAUCCACCAGCAGCGGAAAAUAAUCUGUCUCUUUUUUAUUGUUUUUAGGAGCUCGCGCACUUAUCGCUUUUUUUCUCUCCGUCAUUGUCCCUUCCGUAUUCCCUUCUGUAUGUUUAUAUUUUUACUUUAAAAGGAAGCAGAAUGGGAUUUGCCAUGCGCAUCAGAAAGGAAGAAAUUUGAAAAUUGACUGCACAGGCUCAAAGUUCCAGUCCACCCAAAGUCGGAAAACGAAGUAAACGCCCAGUCGCCCGCGGGAGGGGUUGGGAAAGAAAACAAAACAACAAAAAAGGAGAUCUAAUGAAAGCUUUGCUGCCGUGCCGGCGAAAACACUUUUGGGCAACUUUUCAAAAGAAGGGAAGGCAAAAGGGGAAAAUAUGUUAGAGGAGCCGGCAUUAUCUGUGUGUGCCUUCAGGGGUUCCCCCUAGGCGCGGUGUGGAUCUUGGACGAUUUUUUCCAUCAGUUUGCCUUUUUUUUGAAUUCGUGUUUUUUCAACUAAUUGCCUGCACUUCCCAAGAACUUGUGCCUUUGCGCCUGAUUUUUUUUUUUCGGGCCUAGCGGCGCGGGAUAUAUGAUCGAAAGGAAGGCUUGAACCACCGAAUGAAUGCAAAGAGGCUUCCAUUUUUAGGAGAGCCCGGGGAUAGAUAAGUAGUGCUGUUGUAUAUGCCUAAGAAGAAAGGGACUCGAUAAAGGAAUUAAGUAAAAAUGUCCGCUGGGAUGGCGAGACAUACAGAAAACUCUCUGAGUAAACUGGAAGCCAUGAUCAAGGACCCCAAGUGUGCGGUCAACUUGCACAGUAUGUUGGAUGCCAUGAAUGCAUUGGUUUUAGAUUUGGAUUUUCCAGCCCUUAAAAAAAAUGCCAACAUAGAAAAUUUUCUCAACAGAUAUGAGAAGAUUAUAGCAAAGAUUCGAGAACUUCAGUUGAAAUCCGAGGACUAUGAAGCAGUGAAGGUGAUUGGGAGAGGUGCAUUUGGAGAAGUGCAGCUGGUGAGACAUAAAAUGUCACAGAAAGUUUAUGCAAUGAAACUUCUUAGCAAAUUUGAGAUGCUCAAGAGGUCAGAUUCAGCUUUCUUCUGGGAAGAACGAGAUAUUAUGGCUUUUGCUAAUAGUCCCUGGAUUGUACAGCUCUGUUGUGCCUUCCAAGAUGACCGGUUCCUUUAUAUGGUAAUGGAGUACAUGCCUGGAGGAGAUCUGGUGAAUCUUACGAGUACCUACGAUGUGCCUGAAAAAUGGGCCAAAUUUUAUACUGCUGAAGUUGUGUUAGCUCUUGAUGCUAUUCAUUCUAUGGGUUUCAUACACAGAGAUGUGAAGCCUGACAACAUGCUGCUUGAUAAAUAUGGACAUUUAAAGUUAGCAGAUUUUGGGACAUGCAUGAAAAUGGAUGAGACAGGGAUGGUGAGAUGUGAUACAGCUGUUGGAACCCCUGAUUACAUAUCGCCAGAAGUGCUAAAAUCGCAAGGUGGUGAUGGCUACUAUGGUCGAGAAUGUGACUGGUGGUCUGUGGGUGUCUUUAUUUUUGAAAUGCUUGUUGGUGAUACUCCAUUUUAUGCUGAUUCGUUGGUGGGGACAUACAGCAAGAUUAUGGAUCAUAAGAAUUCAUUAAGGUUUCCAGAUGAUGUGGACAUCUCUAAAAAUGCAAAGGACCUCAUCUGUGCUUUCCUAACAGAUAGGGAAGUGCGCCUUGGUAGAAAUGGAGUUCAGGAAAUUAAAUGCCAUCCUUUUUUCAAGAAUGACCAAUGGACAUUUGACACCAUACGGGAGACUGUAGCCCCUGUAGUUCCUGAAUUAAGUAGUGAUAUAGAUACCAGUAACUUUGAUGAAAUUGAAGAUGAUAAAGGGGAAGUUGAAACCUUUCCAAUCCCUAAAGCAUUUGUUGGGAACCAGUUGCCUUUUGUUGGAUUCACAUACUUCAGAGAAGAUCCGUUGCUUAGUGACUCAAAUGCAUCCCCUAUAGAAAAUGAAAAUGGAACAUCUAAUAAAGGGGAGUUUUCCCAAGUACAAAAGAAACUUCAUCAGUUAGAAGAACAACUUCAUAAUGAAAUGCAAGCCAAAGAUGAACUCGAGCAAAAGUACAGAAAUUCUAGUGGCCGGCUUGAAAAGAUUACAAAAGAGCUUGAUGAAGAGAUCAACUUAAGGAAAAACCUUGAAUCUAAUCUGAGGCAGAUGGAACGGGAAAAAGCACUAUUGCAGCAUAAAAAUGUAGAGUACCAAAGAAAGGCUGAGAGUGAAGCAGACAAGAAGCGCUGUCUGGAAAAUGAUGUUAACAGCUUAAAGGAUCAACUGGAAGAGUUAAAGAGAAGAAAUCAAAAUUCUCAAAUUUCAAAUGAAAAAAAUAUCCAGCUACAAAGACAACUAGAUGAAGCAAAUUCAUUGUUACGUGCGGAGUCAGAUACAUCAGCCAGGCUAAGAAAAACUCAAACAGAGAUGACAAAACAAAUCCAACAGCUGGAAUCUAAUAGUCGAGAGCUACAGGACAAAUAUUGUUUGUUGGAAAAUGGCAAGUUGAAACUUGAAAAGGAGUUUCUUAGUCUCCAGUCAGCAUUAGAAUCAGAAAAAAGGGACCGGAGCCAUGGAUCUGAAGUAAUCACUGAUUUGCAAGGACGAAUCUCUGGUUUAGAAGAAGAGCUUCGAAAUGUAAAAGCUUUGGUGUCCAAGGCAGAAAUGGAAAAGAGACAACUACAUGAAAAGCUGACUAACCUGGAAAAGGAAAAGAAUAAUAUUGAAAUAGAUAUGACAUUUAAAUUAAAAGUUCUGCAGCAAGCUAUUGAGCAAGAAGAAGCUGAACAUAAAGCUACUAAAGGUCGGUUAGCAGAUAAAAACAAAAUAUAUGAGUCUAUUGAAGAAACAAAAUCAGAAGCCAUGAAAGAGAUGGAAAGAAAGCUUCAAGAAGAAAGAACCUCAAAAAUGAAAGUGGAAAACAAUCUUUUGGAAGUUGAGAAACGGUGUUCCAUUUUGGACUGUGAUUUUAAACAAUUGCAGCAGAAAUAUGAUGAGGCACAUCGCUUGAAAGAGAAGCUGUCAGAGGAGGUUAAGAACCUUUCUUUGAAGAUAGAACAAGAAACUCAGAAGCGCAGUUUAACUCAAAAUGACCUAAAGAUGCAAACUCAGCAAGUCAAUGCGCUGAAAAUGUCAGAGAAACAGUUGAAACAAGAGAUAAAUCACCUUUUGGAGAUCAAAUUAACCCUGGACAAACAGAACAGUGAGCUUCGCAAGGAACGCCAGGAUGCAGAUGGUCAGAUGAAAGAACUUCAAGAUCAGUUAGAAGCUGAGCAGUACUUCUCGACUUUAUAUAAAACUCAGGUUAGAGAACUGAAAGAAGAAUGUGAAGAAAAAAACAAGAUUUGCAAAGAAAUGCAGCAGAAGGUUCAAGAACUCCAAGAUGAAAGGGAUUCACUAGCAGCUCAACUUGAAAUAACUCUGACUAAGGCAGAUUCUGAACAGUUGGCACGUUCCAUAGCUGAAGAACAGUACUCUGACUUGGAGAAGGAGAAGAUAAUGAAAGAGCUUGAAAUUAAAGAGAUGAUGGCCAGGCACAAACAAGAACUAGCAGAAAAGGAUGCUACAAUUGGAUCGCUAGAGGAGGCAAAUCGGACCUUAACCAGUGAUGUUGCAAAUCUGGCUAAUGAAAAGGAAGAGUUCAACAACAGAUUAAAAGAAGUUCAAGAUCAAUUGCAGAAGAUGAUGGAAAGUGAGCAGUCACUUGGAAUAGUUAAACUUCAGUUUGAGAAACAAUUACAAUCUGAACGAACACUAAAGACACAGGCAGUGAACAAGCUGGCGGAGAUUAUGAACCGCAGAGAAGUCCGUGGAAGUGGAAGUAGGCGCGGAAAUGAUACAGAUGUGCGCCGAAAAGAAAAGGAGAACAGGAAACUUCAGCUCGAGCUUCGUUCUGAGAAGGAGAAACUUAACAGCAUGAUGAUUAAAUACCAGAAAGAAAUUAAUGAGAUGCAAGCACAAAUAGCAGAUGAAAGCCAGAUUCGCAUUGAGUUGCAGAUGGCAUUGGACAGCAAAGACAGUGACAUAGAACAGCUGCGUAAUCAACUUAUAUCCAUAAAUGUCCACAGUUCAGAUACAACAAGCAUUGGCAGUGGACCAGAUUUUGAUGUCGAUGAUACCUAUCCAGUUCGUAUUACUCAUUCUCAUACAUCGGAAUCCUUGUCUUUCACCUACAAACGAUCAUCUACUUCUGUCAGUAUUGAUACUAAGCCCUCCCAGUCCUGUAUGAUUUUUGACUCUGAUUCUGAUCUAGAGGAAGCAAGUGUGAGUGAACCUGAGCCACUCAAAUAUGAAUCUUCAGAGUGUGACAAUCCAGAGUCAAGAUUGGAAGGAUGGCUAUCGCUGCCUUUUAGAAACAAUACUAAAAAGUUUGGAUGGGAGAAGAAGUACGUUGUUGUGAGUAGUAAGAAGAUUCUUUUCUACAACAGUGAACAAGACAGAGAACAGUCUAAUCCUUAUAUGGUCUUGGAUAUUGACAAACUGUUCCAUGUGAGAUCAGUAACACAAACUGAUGUGUAUAGAGCCGAUGCUAAAGAUAUCCCAAGGAUAUUUCAGAUAUUAUAUGCUAAUGAAGGGGAGAGCAAAAAAGAUCAAGAAUUUCCUGUAGAACCACUACCUAUUGGAGAAAAAUCCAGUUAUAUUUGCCACAAAGGACAUGAGUUCAUUCCAACACUGUACCACUUCCCUACAAAUUGUGAAGCUUGCACAAAACCAUUGUGGAAUAUGUUUAAACCCCCACCAGCCUUGGAAUGUCGUCGUUGUCACAUCAAGUGUCACAAAGAUCAUAUGGAUAAAAAAGAGGAAGUCAUUGCACCUUGUCGAGUAAACUACGACAUUUCUACAGCAAAGAACCUUUUGCUAUUAGCAAAUUCACAAGAAGAACAGCAGAAGUGGGUUAGCCGUCUUAUAAAAAAGAUUCCAAAGAAACCACCUGCACCAGAUCCAUUUGCCAGGUCCUCUCCGAGAGCUUCCAUGAAGGUACAACCAAAUCAAUCCAUUCGGCGACCAAGUCGACAGCAUCCACAAAGUAAACCAAGAUUGCUUGAUUUGGCCUUUAAAGAUUGGGAUUUGUCAUUUGAUGAUGUUGAUGAUGACGAUAUUUUUGAUUUCUGAAGAAGUUUUAAGAAGGUUAACUGCCUUGUAUGGGAUUGCAGUCACGCUUCAAGGUGAUGGGUCUCUUCCUAACAUUUAAAAGACUGAUAUAUGACAUAUCCUCCAAUGCACAAACCCAGAAAAUCUAUCAAUAUGCAUUUAAAUAUCACUGGUUUACAGCAUAUGGCAUAAGUGAAUUAAUAAAUACUAAUCCUGGGUCAGUACCUACAGCUUUUGGGCAUCUAACUGAAAUAUCGUUUGCACUGAGUGUGUCUUACAUCUGUGCACUUUUCUUUUGUCAAAGGUAUCUUUCCAAAUUGGUUAGUGUACCUCAUUCAGGCUUACAAAGUGAAAUGCUGCAAAGAGGUUUUGGAAAGAGAGAGCACUCAAGAAACUGUUGGAAUAGAACAUUCAAAGGAAGUUAAAAUUGUAUUGCACACUUAAAAUAUUAUUUUUCAAAUAUUAAUACUAGAAGAAGAGAGAGAAAAGUAAAUAGUGAAUACAACACCAGUAUGUUAAUAACCUGUUUUUACCAAUGCAGCUGUGCACCUGUAAAAUGCCAUAGUAAGUGGUUCACACAAGCAUAAAUAUUUUAUAAAUAUCAAAGGCCGCAAGUGAAUGUUGGGCAGCUACAUGUGUGACAAAUAUUCAAAAGAUGAUUAUGAAGAAAAACACGUGUAUCAUUUCUUUUCACAUCAACACAUUGCUAAACACCUACUUCAGUGUUUUCCUGUUCCUUGAAAGUGACAUUUACUUCUUGGAUAAAUGUUCAUUUAAAAUAGUGCACUAUAUUUAUGCAUUAGUAUUAUGUUGAUGUAUUCCUGUGUUUUGAAUGUAUACAACUACAUACCUUUAAAAAGGAUUGGAAAUACUAAUUGAACUAUGUAAUGUAAGAAGGAACAUGUACAAUAUUUCUUAUCUAAAUUAUAAUAUAAAUGAGUGACUUUAUUAUCCAACCAAGUCUUUUAAACUCUAUUGUGUAGAGUCUUCAUUGCCAUCACAAAGUGCUGACAUUUUGUAUUUGCCUUUAUGUAUUCUAGAUGUGUUUUAUUAUUCCUACAAAUUCUUGACUCUUUAUUUUUACUAAAACUUCACAGCACAUAUGUAAAACUUCUAAAUCCUUAAAUAUUUAUGAGUCAUACUGUAGAAUUGUUUUUAUUUUUUCUAUGAGGUCCUCUAUAAAUGAAAAACUAUAGAUACUAUAGUUUCUUGUGUCGACUGGCAAAUAUGGGAAGAUGCCUUAAAACUGGCAUUUAAGUGGGGUGUGUGUAUGUACUGCAUAUGAAUACAUACAUAUAUGUGUGUAUACUUAUACAUUCAUACAUACAUACACACAUUUUUAUAUAAAUAUAUAUAAUGUAUAUAUAAAAAUACACACACUUUAAAGUGCACACAUAAGUGCAAUGUGUGUCAUGGUGCAAAAAUAUGUAAUUUAUAUCUGUUUGUUCACUUAAUAUUUAAAAGUGCUAUUCAAAAAGUGCAUGUUUUAUACAGACUACAGUAUGUUAAAUUGUAAAGCAUUCAAUAAUAAAAUGAUGUAACCUUC